AUGAACAUCCUACUGCUCAAGAACCCUACGACGCCGCGAGAUUUCUACCAGGAGCUGUUUGUCGAGCAGAAGGGUCACAAUGCUGUUUUUGUGCCUCUUCUGCAGCAUUCUCCGGUCGGAAUCGAAUCUCUCAAAACACACAUUGCCAACGAGGUGGAUGGUAUUGACGCCGUGAUUGUCACCUCUCACCGCGCAGUUGAAAUCCUCGGAGAAUACGCCAGUCCAGAGCUGCUCUGCAAACCUGCAUACACCGUUGGUCCGGCUACCGCAAGGUGUCUCCGCGAACUGGGCUUCAAGGACGUUCGAGGAGAAGAGACGGGUAAUGGAGCCGCUCUUGUGCCGCAACUGUUGUCGGAUGGAUACCAGCGAUUUGCCUUUUACGCAGGAAAGGUGCGACGAGACACCAUCCCCAACAAGUUAAGAGAGGCUGGACGAAGUCUGGUGGAGUACACUGUUUAUGAGACUGUUGAUCUGGACGACAUUGCUGGACGGUUUGAGAAGGCUGUGGGGGCGCUCCCCGACGCCAAGCACAACUGGAUCUGUUUCUUUGCUCCCUCUGGCACCGCUCAGAUUGUGGAGUAUCUCAAAAAGAACCCUGCUCAUGGCUUCAAGAUUGCCAGUAUAGGACCUACCACAUUGGACUACCUACAGAAGAAUGACAUCAAGGUGGAUGUGACGGCCAAGCAACCCGAUCCCGAGCAUUUCCUCGAGGCUAUGCUCAGUGAGUCGUGA